GAAUGACAAAAAACCUGAGUCUUUUCCUUUGGUAAAUUUAACUCCUUUUCGAGACUUGUCUUGAGCAAAAACUUACAUCUAACUGCCUUACCAUCUGCAGCUUGCAAGCUCCCACAUUUUCUUUAGCAUCCAUUUCGGUAUAAGCUCGCACUUGCUUUCCAUUUUCCCAGCAGUGAUCCAUAAUUAUGCAGAGAACAAAGUCGUCCCUUCUUCAAAUUCAACCCCCAACCUAUGGAAACCUAGUCACCAUUCUCAGCAUCGAUGGAGGUGGUAUUAGGGGCAUCAUUCCCGCUACCAUUCUCGAAUUCCUCGAAUCUCAACUCCAGGAGCUGGACGGUGAAGAAGCAAGGCUCGCAGAUUACUUUGACGUGAUUGCAGGAACCAGCACGGGUGGUCUCGUCACCGCCAUGCUAGGUGCUCCAAAUGAAAAGAAGCGACCACUUUUUUCUGCCAAAGAUAUCAAGCCCUUUUACUUGGAGCACUGCCCAAAGAUAUUCCCACAAAAAUUCUCAUUUGGAGCCAUUGGAAGAUUGUUCAGAUCAAUGGCAGGUCCAAAGUACGAUGGCGAAUACCUCCAUCGAGUGGUGAGACAGAAGUUGGGGGAAAUUCGAUUGCAUGAGACACUCACCAACGUCGUCAUUCCGACCUUUGACAUAAAAGCGAUGCAGCCAACCAUAUUCUCGUCUUAUCAGAUCAAGUCGUCCCCUUGUUUGGACGCUCGACUCUCUGACAUAUGCAUCAGCACAUCCGCUGCUCCUACUUAUCUUCCAGGCCACCACUUCAAGAACCAAGAUCCCGAAGGCAACGUCCGCGAAUUCAACCUUAUUGAUGGCGGUGUUUCUGCAAAUAAUCCCACUUUAGUUGCCUUGAACCAAGUGACGAAGCAGGUCAUCAAUGAAGAUCCUGAUUUCUUUCCCAUCAAGCCCAUGGACUAUGGUCGCUUCCUCAUAAUCUCAAUAGGCACAGGCACAGCUAAGAAUGAGCAAAAAUUCAACGCAAAAAUGGCUGCCGAAUGGGGAAUGUUGGGCUGGUUAACUAACGGUGGCUCUACUCCUUUGAUAGACGUGUUCACACAGUCCAGCGCCGAUCUCGUCGAUUUUCAUUUAGCCACCGUCACUCAAGCCCUUCAUUCGCAGGAUAAUUACCUUAGGAUACAGGAUGAUACGUUGACUGGUACAGUUUCUUCGGUUGAUAUUUCUACAAAAGAGAAUUUGAAAAAACUGGGCCGAAUUGGUGACGAUCUGUUGAAGAAACCGGUUUCCAGAGUCAAUUUAGAGACUGGACAGUUUGAACCCGUCGAAAAUGGAGGGACCAAUGAAGAUGCUCUCAAAAAGUUUGCAAAAAUACUUUCACAAGAAAGGAGACUACGGGAAAAGAGAUCUCCGCACGCCAACAACAGCAAGACAACAGGGCCCCAUAAUUUGUCUAUCUAGUUCUGCACGUGCGACCAUUGGAUAAAUCAUUUCCCCUUGUCAUGUAAUAAAAUUAGUCUCUAUUUCGUUCCUUCUUCCGUUUAUUUUACCUAACAAUAGUAAUUCUAAAGAGAAAAAAUUAUAACAAGGUGCAAGUCUGUAUUUGCUGCGAAUUUUAUGUACGUGUACUUCAGUGUUUGUCAUUCAAUAAAAUCAUAAAGAAGUGUGCUCAA